AUGUCGACUUACGAGAGUGAGCACAACACCACCGACCCGGCUAUCGACAACAACCCGCGUCGCCGUCGCCCGGACAUGUCCACAUUCUUCGCGACACUCUCCGAGAUCACCCCCGCCCCGGAUCACCGUCCCCAUGCCGUGCCGGUCCCUAGUGAUGUGAGCGCUGCAUUCUACUCACUUGCAGAAGCCUUCGAGGUUAUGCGCCAGCAGGCCUCUGCAGCGGCAGACCAGGCUGGGGACGGUACCAAUGGCGAGGAGCUUCUAAGUCAGAUGAUCGAGUCACUCCUGAGCCAGGCCGACACUCCUCCUCGGGAGGUUGAAGGCGUUAGCGAGGAGUUUUGCGACAUGCUUGAACGUGUCCCCAAGGCGUCCCUCAAUGCGUCGCAAAUCUGCCCUAUCUGCAACAACCCGUUCCUGGAGGAUGAGUACCCGCUUGUCGUCCAGCUGCCCUGCCACCCAACACACCUCUUCGAUCUUGAAUGCGUACGCCCAUGGCUCAGACUGCGGGGCACUUGCCCUCUGGAUCGUACCGACUUCGCCAAACAACUGCGGGACAAGGCUGAAGAGCGCAAGAAGCUUACUGAGCAGGAUGACGAGGAGGAGUGGGAUAGCAUGUACGGUUAG